AUGAAUGAAUUCGAGAGUGACGUUCAAAACUCACUCGCCCAAUUACGAUCGAUCGUCAACAGUGUUUUCACUUUUACCAAUUCGAAUCAAUGCAUCCAAUUUCUCCAAACUAUCAAAGAUGAAAACAUUUUCCUGAUAAUUUCCGGCGAUAUCGACGAUCAGAUUUUGUCUCGUGUUCAUGAUAUCAGUCAACUUGACUCCAUUUAUAUUUUCCAGUCAAAUCAACAACGAAUUGCAGAUUGGCUGAAAAUCAAGGGUGUAUUUACGGAAAUAACAUCGUUAUGUGACGCAUUGAAACAGGCUGUACAUCAGUGCGAUAAAGAUGUGAUCGCGAUGAGUUUCGUCCAGACAAGUCAGCCGUCAAAUUCGAUCAGCCAAGAUCGAGUUCUUGAUCCAAUGUUCAUGUACAGUCAACUAUUGAAAGAAGCUCUUCUCGAAAUCGAUUUUGAUCAACAAUCAAUCCGAGACUUAGCUGAAUUUUGUCGUGAACUGUUUCGUGACAAUCCAAAAGAAUUGAAAAGAAUCAAUGAAUUUGAAAGAGAUUACCACUUACACACACCGAUCUGGUGGUACACGUAUGACUUCUGUCUUCAUCGUAUGUUAAAUCAUGCGUUACGUGUGUUUGAAAUGGAUAUUAUUCUGAAGAUGGGCUUCUUUCUUGCUGAUCUUCAUCGACAAAUUCUUCAAUUGCAUCGGAAACAAUCGUCAAGUUAUUCGUCGGUAUUUACUGUUUAUCGUGGUCAAGGUUUAUCACAAGAUGAAUUCAACAAACUCAAUCAAGUCAAAGGCGGAUUUCUUGCUUUCAACAAUUUCUUAUCAACAAGUAAAGGUCGUUCGGUGUCAUUGAAAUUUGCUCGUCAAGCUUUACAAAAAGUGAAUUCUGUCGGUCUUCUCUUUCACAUCACUAUUGAUCCAACGAAUUCUUCAACACCAUUUGCACUUUUGGAUAGCGUUAGUUAUUAUAAAGACGUAGAACAAGAAAUACUCUUUUCAAUGCACACUGUCUUUCGUAUUGGUGAUGUUCAAUCAAUUGAAAAUGGCAAUCAACGUCUUUGGCAAGUUAAUCUUACGUUGACGAAUGAUCAGGAUCCGAAACUGUUUGCACUAACGGAGAGUAUGCGCGAUGCAACGAGCGGCGCGGUCGGAUGGUAUCGAUUAGGUCAACUGUUGCUCGCAGUCAAUGCUCUUGAUAAAGCAGAAAAUCUGUAUCGGACAUUAAUUGAACGACCUGGAAUUGAUAAUCAUCAACGCGGACAUAUUUAUCACAUGAUUGGAAUGAUUAGAAAUAAUCAAGGUGAUUAUGCAAAAGCAGUUUCGUUUUUCGAAAAAUCACUGCAAAUUCAAGAACGAAUAUAUCCAAGAAAUGAUUUGAAUUUGGCGUCGACAUAUAACAAUAUCGGUUCUGUUUAUGAUCAGUUACAUGAAUAUCCCAGAGCACUCGCAUUUCAAGAAAAAGCAUUAGCUAUCCGAGAACGACUAUUGCCUGCAAAUCAUCCGGAUUUAGCCACUUCCUUCGAUAAUAUCGGCCGAGUUUAUUCGAAAAUGGGUGAUUAUGCUAAAGCACUGACGUUCUAUGAAAAAGAUUUAGAUAUCAGUCAACAAUCACUUCCUUCCAAUCAUCCGGAUUUAGCUACUUCCUACAAUAAUGUUGCUCUAGUGCACAACAGAAUGGGUGACCACACAAAAGCGCUUUCUUUCUAUGAAAAAGCGCUAGAAAUCAGUCAACAAUCACUUCCUCCCAAUCAUCCGGAUUUAGCUUCGACGUAUAACAACAUCGCCGCAGUAUAUUACCAAAUCGAAGAAUUUGCCAAAGCACGAUCAUUCUACGAACGUGCAUUGGAUAUCAGCAGACGAUCACUCUUGCCACAUCAUCCUAAUUUAGCUAUCUCAUACGACAAUAUUGGUCUUGUAUAUUUUCAAUUAGGUGACUGUUUGAAAAGUCUUUCAUCUUAUGAAAAAGCGUUGGAAAUCAAACAAAAAGCACGUCCUACCAAUCAACCUGAUGUGGCUACAUCCAAUUAUCUAAUUGGUAAUGUUUACGAUAAAAUGGGUAAUUAUACCAAAGCUGUUGUAUUCUAUGAGCGAGCUCUAUCGAUCGUCCAAUCUUCUUCGCCCUCGAACGAAAUGACUAUUCAAUUAUAUAGACACAAUCUAGAACGUGUGAAAAACAAACUAUAA